GCCGCCUGCCUCUACCGGGUCAAAUUUCACAAUUGUGCGAGUUUGUUUCCUAUAAUAUAGCCUGGAAUUGAGUUUUGUACGAAUACGAUUGCAGAUAGCUAGUUACAAUGGGAAAACACAUCACAAUAGGAGUAGAGAUCGUCAUUCGCUUCUUAACUUUGCUGUUGGGAUCUCUUCCAGCGCUGAUAGCAUCAGCGGUGGCCCUUGGUCUCCUGACGAACGUACCCAUCCGUCUACGAGACUAUGAUUAUUAUGAUUACGAUGAUUAUGGAGAUAAAGUAAAAAUUGACGAUGUUACUGAAGACCACAAUCGACGUGCGGCGCAGCUCCGCAACAACGUUUACAUGGCCACAGGUUUGGCAAUUGGUGUAACUUGUCUGGGAGUAAUCACUCAACUGCUGUUCAUUCCUUUUCGAUUGUGGUUUUUUAGUCGUGAAAGCUUUCUCUUCAAAAUCUUCGUUGUCUUUGUAAGCUAUAGCUCCCUUUGUAACACACUCAACUGUUUUACAUUCACUUUCAGGAUAUUGUGAUCAGUUUCGUGCUGGCUGCGGGUCAUUAUUUGGCUGGUGUCAUGUUGACCACCCACAGCAAUUCUACAAAAUGGUAUUUGGCUUUGGUUAAUGUGAUGUUUGUUAACGAGGAUGACCCGGAAAAGAUUAUAAAUGCCAUGACUGCUAGUUCUGCGCUUUGCUCCAUUGCUACAUUCAUGUUCAUCAUUCUGGCCGUGUUUAAGCUCUUUUUUCUGUUUAAGGAUCGGGACAAAUCCUAUGUCAAUACAGGUUCACUGAACCCGACUGAGAAGCUUGUACAUCAGAGCUCAAUGUAACAAACCUGUUAGUUACGUAAAAACAGCUGCUUAGUGCUUAGGACAUUGUGUUUAUCAAGUGAAACAAACUCUUAGUGUCAAUAUUGUAGUGCAUGAAUGUGCACUUGACAAAAACUAUGUAUAUUAUACAUACACCACCUUCCGA